AAAAUUAUUCCACGUACUUUUCAAAGCCAAAAGGUGGCACUUAUUACUGAAAAAAUAGCUUACCAAAAGAAGAAGGCUCGACUUCGGGUAGAGUCUGAGAGAGUGAAGAUACUACUUUCGUCCAAUGAAAGUGUUGAAGUCAAUCUCUCCUUUUUAUUUAAUUCAACUGUAGGAUAUGUGAUGGAAAUUAGUAGAGCUGAAAUGAAUGAGAAAUGUAGUGAUUUAUUUGAAAAAUAUUGUGCGUGCAUUAAACAAACGCUUAUAAAAUGUAAUAUUAAUUCCAGAAGCAUUAAGAAAGUGAUAAUGACUGGUGGUGCGUCUGAAAUGAUUGCAUUACAAGACCAAGCAAAAUUGAUAUUCAAAGAAGCUGCAGUAUUUGUUGUUGACACGCCCGAGUUGGCUGUUGUAAAAGGUGCCUCAAUGUAUCAUAAGGGAGACAUUCAAGAUGUUAUCAAUCAUUCGGACGAAGACAUUCGCGUUGAAAUUGGAUCAAAGUGUGAAGUGAUUGUUUCAAAAACAGACUUACUCCCAGCAGAAGGGACAAAAAGGGUUGCCACCGUAGUGGAUGAACAAAAGAAAGCAGUGUUCAAGAUUUAUAAAGGAGACAACUCUCAAGCCGAUUUUAACACAUUUGUUGGAGAGUUUGUGUUUGACAACAUCCCAGUUCAAAAGGCCGGAGAUGUUGUCUUUGUUCUGAAAAUUGGAGUUGACACUGUUGGUAAUAUCGAAGCAGAAGCACAUAUGAUUAAUGGAAGAACAGAAAGGAUAGAAGCAACUGUUUCGUUUGAAAAGAAUAAAAAAGAUUUUAUUUUUACUAAAAGGCACUUUGAUUAUAAGGCAUACAAUUGGAUAAGCGCACAUCCGGAAGAGAAGCGUCCAUCCAGUGUAUCCUCACGAUUUUGCUGGAUACUAAUUUUUGUUUUACUAAAUUCAUUACUUGUCAUGUAUUUAAUAGGUGUUGGACAAAAUCGGGGUUUCGCUUCAUGA